UCUUCACCACGACAGAUCGGCUCAGUGUCCGCAUCACUGCAGACGCUGAACUAAUCCACCUGUCGAUCUCCCGAUCCCUCCUACCCUCACUAAUGAACAAGACCCCGAGAUACUUAAACACCUCCACUUGAGGUAAGACCUCUCCCCCGACCCGGAGUUGGCAAGCCACCCUUUUCCGGUCGAGAACCAUGGUCUCAGAUUUGGAGAUGCUGAUCCUCAUCCCAGCCGCUUCACACUCGGCCGCGAACCUACCCAGCAAGAUCUGAAGGUCAGAGCUGGAUGAAGCUAGGAGGACCACAUCAUCCGCAAAAAGCAGAGACGAGAUUCUCCUGCCACCAAACUCGACACACUCCACACCACGGCUGCGUCUAGAAAUUCUGUCCAUAAAGGUAAUGAGCAGAACCGGUGACAAAGGGCAGCCCUGGCGGAGUCCAAUCCUCACCGGGAACAGGUCCGACUUACUACCAGCUAUGCGGACCAAACUCACGCUCCUCUAGUAAAGGGACUGAAUGGCCCUUAACAGAAAGCCACCCACUCCAUACUCCUGGAGCGUCCCCCACAGGGUGCCCCUGGGGACACGGUCAUAAGCCUUCUCCAAAUCCACAAAACACAUAUGGAUUGAUUGGGCAAACUCCCAUGCCCCCUCCAUCACCCUUGCAAGGGUAUAGAGCUGGUCCACAGUUCCACGGCCAGGACGAAAACCACAUUGCUCCUCCUCAAUCUGAGAUUCAACUAUCGAUCGGACCCUCCUCUCCAGUACCUUGGAGUAGACCUUUCAUGGGAGGCUGAGGAGUGUGAUCCCCCUAUAGUUGGAACACACCCUCAGGUCACCCUUCUUAAAGAUGGGGACCACCAUCCCAGUCUGCCACUCCACAGGAACUGCCCCCUCUAAUCUUUAUGAAUUUAUCUAUUUUUACUGUUCACUGUGUUAUUCUUCCCAUUAUGGACCUUAAAGGCCCGGAAUUAAGUUUGAUGAUGCUGUUGAAACUGUUGAUGUAUUUUCCACAUCAUGGAUCAUUACAAGUUUAAGUCCUGAAUAAAGAGGUGACCCAUGCAAUUGUUUUAUGUUAAAAAUAUCUGAAAUCUAGACGCGUGAGAGCGCUCCGCCUCACUGUUUUCACGUCGCGCAGCUUGAGAACGGGUCUGUGUGUGAUGGAAGCAGGACGACGGGUGAAAUCUGACGAGCUUUGGACUUUAUCAGGUAAGCAAAGAUAAAAACCUGCAAAUGGAGCAAGAAGGAACCGACUCAGAAAUCUUUAUAAUAAAGUUUCUGCAAAAGGAAAAUGAAAGUUUUGAGUCUGAAAUAAAUGAGAUUUACUUUCAGACUUUAGACCGCCAAACUGAACACAUCUUAAAUCACAUUCGGACGCAUUUCUGAUUUUCAACAACGCUGCAUUAACUCCCGACCUCAGCUCAGAUAAUUUUGGUUUGUACCAAACAUGAAGAUGUUUGUGAUGCUUUUCUUCUGCCUUCCUGCAUCUGCAGGUAAGAUCACACCCCUGUCAGCUUCUCUAACCUACUAACUAAACGUUUCACUAAAUAUCAUUAAACCGUUAAUCCAAUAAAUGAUCUGGUAAAGAUCAUUUCAGAUCAGCAGGUUUACUUAAACUAGCCUUUAGCAUAUCUAAUUAACGAUAAUCUCAGUUUCAUCAAACUCCGGUCGCUCAGACAGACAGAGAGUUCAUGACCCAUAAACGGUUUAUUCCCUAAACUUUUAACUGUCAUCUCUCAGAGAAACACUCGGUGAAAGUUUUCUUCUCUGGAUCGUCUGGAUUCAAAAGCCUCCCGGAGUUUGAAGCUGCUGCAGAGGUCGACUCCAUCCGGGUGGCUCACUGCAACAAGACCUGGAGCAGAGCAACAACCGAGCAGAUGAAAGAGAUAUUUGAUCAUCAUAAAGACGACUUUUCCCAGCUUAACAGAUUCUGUUCUGUUGACAUGCCGGUUUUCUUCAAACACAUGUUGGCUGAAUUAAAGCAGCUCUUCAGCCAAAAUGACAGUAAGCAUGUUUCUGAUUGGUGCUGCACAGAAAACCUUUAGUUUCAUCUAAACGUUUAUUUUCCUGUUUCCACUUCAGUUCGUCUGAUAUUUGAGAUUCCUGGAAGAUCAUGUGUCCAUUUUUCUUCUCGUGAACCAAGAUAAAUGCUUUAAUUUUAGUUCCUACCACCAAACAUCAGAAUCUAAACAACUAGAUGAGUUUGGCGGAGCUUUACUUUCGUUUCUGACGUUGCUGUUCCAGCUGCACACGUUCUCCAGAGGGUCGCUGGCUGCGAGUCAGAUGAAAACACAAAACCUUCUGGAUUUCUGAAGUACGGCUAUGAUGGAGAAGACCUGAUGGAGUUUCAUCUGGAGACAAAGACGACGCCUCUGACGCCAAAGGCAAACGUCAUCAAACAUCAUUGGGACGCUGACUUACGGGACUUGCAGUUUCACGUCCAAAUGCUCACACAGCUGUGUCCUCUGUGGCUGAACAGAACUCUGGCAUCAGGAAAAAUGACGCCCCCACAAACAGGUCAGAUCACCAGAGCAGGAGUCCUAAAAUCAGCUCAAAACCAAGACUAUUUAGUCAUUGUUUCUGUUUACGUGUCCCCCACAGUCUCCCUCCUCCAGAGGUCGCCCUCCUCCCCGGUCCGAUGUCACGCUUCAGGGUUCUACCCCCCUAGCAUCCAGCUGAUCUGGAGAAAAGAUGGAGAGCACAUUCGUGAGAUUCAUGGAGAGAUCCUCCCAAACGAUGAUGAAACCUUCCAGCUGCACGUUGAUCUGGACAUUUCAUCCCUCAGAUAUGAAGACUGGCCCAGAUACGACUGCUUGUUCCAGUUUUCUGGUGCUGAGGAGAAAAUCGUCCUCAGCCUGGAUAAAACAGCAAUCCACACCAACUGGAAAGGAAUGUCUCCGGGUCGGGGGAGGACCGUCGUGGUGUCGCUUCUGAUUCUUCUCAUCAUCGCAGCUUUUGGAUUCAUCAGCUACAAAAAGAUUACGGUCUAGAAGCAGACUCUUGUUCAUUAUUGUUUGUUUUUGUGGAAGCCCCCAAGCUUCCAGCUUCAGAAAACUCCACACUCAAACUUUCAGUUAGAAUAUUGUGAAAAGGUUCCAAAUAUCUGCCUGCACCGACAGAUCGAGGCUUUGCGUGUCUCCGCCAGACGCAGGAGUAUAAACUGGUAACGGGUGCAGUGGGAGACACAGCUGAUGUCUUGUUGCUCAAGAGUGGAACAGAGAUUUUUCGUGUUCUGCUUUAUGAAAGCAUUUGUUGCUAUUUAAACCGAGAUUUUAGAAGAAAACGCUUUUCUUGUUGAGGUUAUUUUGUUUCUUGUACACACCUAUUUCGUAGGGAUGUGAAUCUUAGAGCAACUCACGAUUUGAUUUGAUUCCGAUUCUUCCGAUCGAGAAUCGAUUCUGAUUCGAAUCACAAUCAGUAUUAACAAAGAGUGUCAGCUCCAGGAUGAACUACUUUGUUGUACAAGUUAGUUAAAGCUAUGGGACAUUUUUAUUUCACUUUAAACUGGUCAUGCUCCAAAAAUGCAAAUUUACAAUGUAAAAUAAAGUGAUUCCAAAACUGUAAACAGAAGCAAUCUUUUGACCAAAAGGCAACAUUUAUUUUUGCUCACCUUGUAAAGUAUAACAAACCUGUAGUUUACCUAACAGUAGCUUUGAAAGUAAUACGAUCAAAUACUUUUCAAGUAUGUGUAGAAACAAGUUACAUGAAUAAUCCCGAGUACUCAUUUAUCAGCUUAGAAAAUAAAUAGAAUAUCUCAAAUUUCUGAGUAUGGAAAAAAUUACAUUCAAGUGGCCUCUUAUCAGCAGAUUCAAACAUAAAUCAUCUCAAUUUAUGGGACCACAAAAGUAAACGGAGUACUGACUCUCCUAACAAAGAUCAAAAAGUGCAUUUCAAACCUAUAACAUGCCAAAUAUUUGAGUUCUUGGAAUCGAUUCUGAAUCUUUAUAAAUAAGAAUCCCGAUUCAGACUUGAAUCGAUUUUUUUCAGUACCUCUACUAUUUGGUGUUCAUUUAGUGGUGGUUCAUCUAAGCUUCAAUUAUGGACUCCACCAUUAACAGAGCUGAAGCACUGCCCCACCAUCUGGAGUUUAAAUAGGGUUGUCACGGUAACCGGUGUAGCGGUAAACCCCGGUAAAAAAGUUGACAAUAAUAAUAACCGUCUUGUUUUUAAAAAAUGUAUUAUCUCGGUGGGUUACCGUGGCUGCGGUGUAGGCGCGGUGACCCUUACCAGCCAACAUAUCUGCUGAAGUUGCCGGCGGCACAUGCGUGCUUUGAUGUUUACAACCAAAACUUUCUUGAAGCUAAAGCUGAAAUAAUGGCCAAAGGAGGAAACGGCAGCGCUCAGGACAUUUAUUAUCCCUCAAAGAAGACAAAGUGGGAAGUACGGGCAUUUUUUGGAUAUUUGAAGAAUGCCGAGGGACAGUUGAUAGAAGACGGCUAUCCUGUUUGCCGCACGUGCAGGAAAAAGUGUCUGUGAAAGGCAGCAACGCUUCAAAUCUCACGACACAUCUGCGUGACCAUCACCCACAACUCUACAGUCAACGCAAGGCAAGCUAACGUUAGCGUUUUAGCUAAAAUACGUGAUCCGAGGACUCGGGUUGAGGGAGAAUGCAACGAGUCGCUAUAUAAAGCAGCCGCAGCGCCGCUACCUGCAUAUAAACGGACACCCCCAUAUUGAAAUGACGCUAUGCAUUACGGGGCUCCCAGGGGCAGAUAAGAGUUGGUCUCUCUCCGAGGAUAGUUAUAAAUUUAUGACAUAUUCCCAAAUCUGCAAAGCUCACAGGAAGGACACAAACCGAGGACAAUAUUUUCCUGAUAUAGGGUUUAUUACUCAAGUAAGGGUAAAAAAAAGUAUCUGAUUUGAAGGCUACUUGAGUACUGAGUAUCAUCUGGUCCAAUAUUUUUAAAUUAUGACAUCAAACAGACAAAAAAUAAGAAGUUAUGGGCAAAUAUUGGUAUUUUAAAGACUAAAGGGAAAAAAUGUAAACAAAUAAACAACAUAAUUUCAAAAUAACACAUUUUAGGCAAAAUUUAGACACAAACUGAGGACAAUAUUUCCUGACAUACAGGGUUUAUUUAAUUGUGUGAAAAUGUAGCACGUUUAAAAAAAAUACAGCGAUAAUACCGAAAACCGUGGUAAUUUUGGUCACAAUAACCGUGAGGUUAAAUUUUCACACCUAAUCCACAACUCAUGUUAAUCUACUGGUAAACAACCAAUUCUUACAAACCUACUUCAUUUUAUCUUUCUGCUACAGAUCUUAGGUGGUGAUGAGCUACACUGUAGCCUCAGCUGCCCUGGGACACACUGAGAGGCACCGCAGGUCCCUCUGUCCUCCACCAAGAUGUUUUUAAAGCCAUCUGCAUGCUUCCUUAAGAUGUUCAAAAACUAAAGAGCUGCAUUCUGGUGAUUUUUACAGUGAAACUUUUGGGGGACUUUGCGUAAACACGAGUUAAAAAGUAAAUCCCCAAAAACUCUUUACAGAAUAAAGCUUUCUGCAUCAUCAAAUAUCACAGAGAUGUUAUAUUUUAAUAAAAAUGUAUAGGAAUUGUUUUACUACCAGUUUUUUUUCUUCUUUUCAUUUUUAUGGUUCUGAUGUUUUGAUGUGGCAGAUUAAAAGGAAGUCAUCAACAAAUGGUUUUAAAUUUAAAAUAAACUUUUUUACUGUCUAAUAAUGUAAUCUUGCAUAAAAGGCGACGAUGUUAAUUAAUCUUCUGCAAUAAAUGUUUAUUGAUCUGACACAUUCUUUACCAUUUUAUAACAAGUUUCUAUGAAGCCGUGUUUAAAAUAAAGAAAUGAUGCCGUGGUGCAACGUCCACGGUCAACUGUAGACACUUGUUCCUGAUUGGCUGGGGGCAAAAUUUGGCGUUCUAUUUCGUC